UCUACAGAAAGAAAAAAAAAAAAAGCCCUUUUACAGAAAUAAAACAGAUAAAAUAAUAACUUAAAUGAGUUGUCAAAAAGAACAAUAUUGCUUCUCGUCUCGCCAUUGGAAGUACCUUCAAGAACAUUGAUUUCUUCACAAUCCAUACACCAAAACACAAUCAUCAUCAUCAAAUACACUAUAAACUGAACACCCAAAUUUCACAUCCGCCGGUAUGUCAUCGCCACCACCGCCGGAGAAGAUGCCACAACCUACACCACCACCAGUGGAUUCCGAUCAUUCGCAAACGCAAACGCCGCUACCUCCGCCACCAGGGUACGGCGUCACCGGCGUCCUCCGACGAUGGCGACACGAAGACAUGUUGAAACGAGUAUCGCUAGGGUUGAGAGCGUUAGGGUUUCUGUUUUCAUUGCUUGCGUUCAUAAUCAUGGCGAGUAAUAAGCACGGCCCCGGAAGAAAUUUCGAUGAAUAUGAAGAAUACAGGUACGCAUUGGCGAUAGCGAUUUUGUCGACGUUAUAUACUGGAUUGCAAUCGUGGCGGCAGAUUCAUGAGAUGUCAACCGGAAAAUUGAUAGUUUCUGGCCGGAAUAUGGCGAUGAUUGAUUUCUUUGGUGAUCAGAUUAUAGCAUACCUAUUAAUAUCAGCCGCGUCAUCGGCGGUGCCAAUGACUAACAGAAUGAGAGAAGGAGCUGACAACAUCUUUACUGACUCGUCAGCCGCAUGUAUUAGCAUGGAAUUUCUUGCGUUUUUUAUUCUUGGGUUAUCCGCCAUGCUCUCUGGGUACAACCUAGUCAAACAGACCUCUAUUUAACCGAUUCAAUCCUUAUUUUGUGCGCUUUUUUUUUUUAUCAAAAACUUGUACAGAUUGUCUUCAAAUACUUAUACCAUUCAUUUUGUAUACUACAUUAUCUAUUAAUCA